CCAACCCAGAGGAGGAUGUCUGUGUCGGGGAAGAAGGAAUUUGACGUAAAGCAGAUCCUCAGGCUCCGCUGGCGCUGGUUCAGCCAUUCAUCCCAAGGUUCGGCCGGCAGUGGAGGAGGUGGUGGUGGCGGAGUGGGAGGCUACAUCCAGCAGGAUGGCCUGGAUCACAGAGGAAUAGCUGUCCAGGGCCGGCUGAAGAGUCUCUCACGGGAAAGAGGUGUUGGAGGACUACGGAAGACUAACAGCCCGGUCCACAGCAUCUUGGCUCCGACGCCAGGGCCCACACCUGUUUAUGUGAGAGCAGGUCAACAAUCAUGGCACCAUCUGCAGAACACCAUUCAGGGUCUCCAGGUCAACCAGGAAUCUUCAAAGAGCAGCUCCUCGCCCAGGACCCCAAGGAAAGAGGACGCCAUUACUGGCCAGGAAGAUGUAAAGAACAGCACAGUGGAACCUGCAGAGAUGGAGGCAGGAGAGAGGUUGGCUCUGAGCACCUUGUCCAGAAUGAACACCAACUCCUCUGAUGAGUUUUUCCAGGCCAUAAAUCAUGCGGAACAGACUUUCCGGAAGAUGGAGACCUACCUCCAGCACAAGCAGCUAUGUGAUGUCCUCUUGAUAGCAGGGGAUCAUAAGAUACCCGCUCACAGACUGGUCCUGAGUGCCGUGUCGGACUACUUUGCUGCUAUGUUCACCAGCGAUGUGAGAGAGGCAAAGCAGGAGGAGAUCAAGAUGGAGGGAGUCGAUCCGGAGGCCCUCAGAUCCCUGGUUCAUUUUGCCUACACUGGCGUCCUUGAGCUGAAAGAGGAGACCAUUGAGAGUUUAUUGGCGGCCGCUUGCCUCCUCCAGCUUUCACAAGUCAUCCAGGUUUGCUGUAACUUCUUGAAGAAACAGCUGCAUCCUUCCAACUGCCUGGGAAUACGCUCCUUUGCAGAUGCCCAAGGCUGCGUGGACCUGCUCAAUGUGGCUCAUAACUACACCAUGGAUCACUUCCUGGAGGUCAUUCAGAACCAGGAGUUCCUGUUGCUCCCCACGGCUGAGAUUGUUAAGCUGCUCUCCAGCGAUGAGAUCAAUGUCCCCGAUGAGGAGACCAUAUUCAAGGCUUUGAUGAUGUGGGUGCGGCACGAUGUCCAGCACCGACAGCAGGACCUUGGGGUGCUCCUCGCCUUCAUCCGUCUGCCUCUUCUUCCUCCACAGCUCCUUGCCGAUCUGGAAAACAACAAGAUGUUCUCCGAUGAUCUGGAAUGCCAAAAGCUGCUGAUGGAGGCCAUGAAGUACCAUCUUCUGCCUGAGAGACGUCCCAUGUUUCAGAGCCCCAGAACCAAACCUAGAAAGUCCACUGUGGGUGCACUUUAUGCUGUAGGAGGGAUGGAUGCUCACAAAGGCUCCACCACUGUAGAGAAGUACGACCUGCGGACUAACACUUGGGUCCAGGUCGGAGCCAUGAAUGGACGCCGGCUGCAGUUCGGUGUCGCCGUAAUAGAAAACAAGCUGUAUGUGGUCGGAGGGAGAGAUGGACUCAAGACAUCCAACAUGGUGGAGUGCUAUAAUCCGAUCAAUCAAGUGUGGUCGACCAUGUCUCCCAUGUCUACACACAGACAUGGCCUCGGCAUUGCUGUGCUGGAGGGCCCAAUGUAUGCUGUGGGAGGCCACGACGGCUGGAGCUACCUCAACACAGUGGAGCGCUGGGACCCGCAGGCCAGACAGUGGAACUAUGUGGCCAGUAUGUCGACGCCACGGAGCACCAUGGGAGUCACAGCGCUCAAUGGAAAACUGUUUGCAGUCGGCGGUCGAGACGGCAGCUCAUGUCUGAGGUCGAUGGAGUGCUUCGAUCCCCACACCAACAAGUGGAGCAUGUGUUCUCCCAUGGCCAAGAGGCGAGGAGGAGUGGGCGUGGCCACGUACAACAACUUCCUGUAUGCUGUAGGCGGCCACGACGCCCCAGCUUCCAACCACUGUUCUAGGCUCUCCGAUUUUGUUGAAAGGUAUGACCCAAAGACGGACACAUGGACCACUGUGUCCUCCCUCAGUGUUCCCCGGGACGCAGUGGGUGUUUGCCUGCUGGGGGACCGGCUGUACGCUGUGGGUGGAUACGAUGGCCAGUCAUAUCUGACCACUGUCGAGUCCUACGAUGCGCAGAACAAUGAGUGGACUGAGGAGGUCCCUCUCAACAUUGGCAGGGCAGGCGCCUGCGUGGUGGUGGUGAAAUUGCCUUGAGCGCUUUGUCUCUCAGAAGAAGAGCGGACAAACAAAACAACGGAUCAAGGACACAUCCUUCGAGAGUCAUGUUUUCUUUUUUGUCUUUCACUCGGCUUUCCAUAUUUUUUCCGAAGGAGACACAGACAGAGCCUUGCCCAUAAGCCAUUGUUUCUAUCAUCAGUGGACAUGCCUGCCCACUGGGGAGGACUGCAAUGCACAUUCUCCACAUUCUUAACCGAUCAAGAAUUUUCAUAGACUUGGCUGAGCUUGUGUGCCGAGCCUUUGUCGUACUGCUUUGUUAUACUCGUUUUUUGAAACGUUCUGUGUAUGUCUGUAAGAUUUAAGUAAAAGCAACAUUUCGAGCAAAUACGCCUGCAGGUUAGUUUACAUCUAUACAGAGACUUUUCUUAUCAGUGCCAUCAUCACAGUAUAUUUGGGGGUUUAUAUUUCACUUUAUAGACACUCAAAUGAAAGUUGUUAUGAUACAUACAUGCAACCUUGUUGCUGUGUCUUUCCUUCGUGGGUGGUCUUACACUAUUCGCACUCUUUAGGGAAGAAGACCACUUUAAAUCUGAGUUUGAAGUACAGCAAUGGAAUCCAACUUUUUGGCGAAUAAUAUAUUUGGACACUUUCUUUUUGUAUUGAGCCUGUAGCUACAUAACACCAAAGUAAAUUGCUUGUCGUAGAAGUCGUGUUACGCAUAAUAUGAAAGUUUACAAAAUUGUGAAUUACAGAAAAUAUAUCAUAUUGAUAUUUCAUAUUGCUGUAGAUUUUUGUGAACUAUCCCAAAACUAUAUUUGUGUUGCUAGAAUCAUGCCUAAACCAGUGCACUCUGGUGACGACAGAUAUUAUUUUUAUUUUGUCUUUAUUUCUGUGCAUGCUGACUGAGCGAAUGUUUUAUUUGAUUUAUACAAUAAUAUAUAUGAACAUCACUGUCUGUUCUGUUUUUUUCUCGGAUAGGAUGCCUUUUGGGUCAUGUAGAUGAUCUUAUUCACAACACAACCAUUAGAAUAACACACAGUGACGCUUGGGGCAUCCUAACCAGCAUUCUGAGUCGUGUGUGUAACAUUCGGGAACUUGAUUUCAACAGAACUUCACUUAUGUGACUUUGAUGACAAUUUUUAGGUUCAUAGUUGGUUGUUCUGCUCACACCAGUUGAAACAUUACUGACGUUAUCACAAUGACAAUAAUUUGUAAUUUCGAAUUCUAACAUGUUUUUGGGGCCAAAUGUUAGUUUUUCUCAUCAUUUUGUACAGCAUGCAAAACUAUAAAUAAAAUGACUUAAGUCUU